AUGAAAAUUCAAAAACCGUUUGCCUCUCUGUCUCUGUCUCUGUCUCUGUCUCUGUCUCUGUCUCUGUCUCUGUCUCUGUCUCUGUCUCUGUCUCUGUCUCUGUCUCUGUCUCUGUCUCUGUCUCUGUCUCUGUCUCUGUCUCUGUCUCUGUCUCUGUCUCUGUCUCUGUCUCUGUCUCUGUCUCUGUCUCUGUCUCUGUCUCUGUCUCUGUCUCUGUCUCUGUCUCUGUCUCUGUCUCUGUCUCUGUCUCUGUCUCUGUCUCUGUCUCUGUCUCUGUCUCUGUCUCUCUCUCUCUCUCUGUGCGCUCGCGUCUCUCUCAGUUGUCCAUGUGACGGCGCCACCGCCAAUGCCACGAUUCUUCCCGGCGCUGACGCAAGCAAGGACUUGGACCUCCCAGCCGAGUUCCUCUUCCCCACAAACACCUCCGAGCCCACUCUGAUGGCGACCCAAUGGCUUCAUGCCCAGUUUCUUCAGGCCCCCCCCUCCCUCGUUGGCCCUCUGGCUUUCAUGCAGCUCACACCACCCUUGCUCACCGUCACGGCUCACUGCUUCGAUCAAACCGCACGGGCAGGCACCAUCAUGGAAAAGGAUCCCUUUGUGAGUGCCAUGAUGGGCGUUGGCGUCAAGCCCAGCUCAGGCUCUUACAGCGUUUGGGCCUACGUGGGUAUGAGCCUUUUCUUCUCCACAACCUUUUUCGUCAGUUUUGGAUCCCUUGUGAGCGUCUUCAGCUGGGAAUGGCGCGAUUUUCGCGAUAAUCGCAAAGAACUCUGGCGUCAAGCCCGCCUGUCCAUGAUCGGCAUGCUCAUAGCAGCCCCCAUCAUUGGUGUCAUCAUGAAAAACCUCUUCGAACAAAAGUUCGGGCGCCUGCGCUUCGACUACACCGACAUCACCUGGGGCGAAACGGCCCUCAUGUCCCUGGGCUUCAUUCUCGUCUCCGAUCUGACCUUUUACACCAUGCACUCCCUCUGGCAUACCCCUUUCAUGUACAAACUAAGCCACUCUCUCCACCACAGCUGCCGCCCCACCACCACAUAUGCCGCAUCUGCCGCCGACGCCGCCGAGAUCCUCCUGACUGGCUUUGCCUCGGUCUUCGUGCCAGCCCUCGUUCUCCCCAUCAGUGCCCGCCUCUUCCUCUUCCUUGAUCUCUUCCAGCACUUUUGGAGCAUCUGGAUUCACAACCACGACGCAGUCAAGGUUGGCUUCCUAGUCUACGACCCCCAUGACCACAAUGUCCACCAUUACUACGGCGAGCGCAACUUCAACUACGGCCUCUUUACGCAGAUCCCCGAUCGGCUGUUUGGCACGUACCGUGGUACGAUCCCAAACUCUCGCCUCAGCGGCAAACCCCUUGUACGCGACGCACAGGGCAACGUCGUGAAACCGACCAAGUCUUCAUAA